GAACGGCUGAUUAUUGAACAGCAUCAGUCAAUCAUUUUCAAUCAACAAUGAAGUUUCUUAUUGUUAUAUUGAUCGUCGCCGGUGUCUACGCUGAGCUGCCUCGCUACAGACCCGCGAGGUUCAGACUCCAGCGUCAGGAAUUGGCACCGACCACGACAGAUUCACCGACGGAAGCCACUACUGAACCAUCAGGGCCGUACCCAGCAUCUGGAUGGAAACCGACCGGGGCACCUUUCACAUUACCUAACGAAACUCCCACUGAUAGCUACGGACCACCUGAAGAAACUGCUGACCAAAGCGGGCCAUACCCACCGUCGGGAUGGAAACCUGACGGGCCUGUUUUUGUGUUACCGAAACAGCAAUCACCUCCAGCAACCAGCUACGGAGUACCGGACAACGCCUAUGGAGCACCGGCAACCGAUGCUCCCACGACUGACAACCCUCAGGCUGAGAGAUUGGAGGGCCCAGUGGAGGUGCAAAAGAGUGUUGGUUCAUACUUCGUUUUGUUACCCAACGGACAGCUGCAGAGAGUGGAAUUCAUGACGGAGAAUGACAUUCAGAAUAUGAAGUAUUCCGCCAGACUACAGUUCAGGGAGCCAGCGCCCUUGAUUGUCUUCAGACCUUGAGGGAACGUUUGGGAUCUUUAUCGGAUAUAAUGUAUUGACAAUAAAAAUAUGCUAA